AUGAUGCAAAUCGGUGCAACUCUUCCAACAAACAAUCUUCAAACAUUACAGGCACGACUUACAUCCGGUGGAUGUAAUUAUGGGUCGUCUUUGGGAAGAUCAUGUUAUACAAGUAAGUGGUGCAUGAUGAAAAUUGCCACCAACAUAUCAACUCGGCAACAUCUUUCAAAUCUUGAUCAACUUUUAGGUAGUAAAGAGCCUCGGGUGAUCUUGAAUGACUCGGAAGUUGUUCAUGAAGAAAGUUCGAGUCAUGGUUCAUUGUCGGAUGUUCGACGUAAAGGUUUGUUAGAAGGACUAAACUUGCCUAGAGUUUGGCCCGAAAAUAAGGAGGCUGAAGAGAUGUCUCCAAGGCAUUUAAACCGCCUAAGAAGGUUGUUGUCAAAAAAUGGGAUUGAAUAUUCUCCAAGGAAUAGUCUAGCUUCUAGGUGGAGGGAGUAUCAUGGGAGUAAUAAUUGGGCUGGGUUACUUGACCCAUUAGAUGAAAAUCUCCGACGAGAGAUGAUUCGGUAUGGUGAGUUUAUUCAAGCGGCUUACCAUUGUUUUCACUCUGAUCCUGCCACGUCAGCGGAUGAAGCUCCUUCGCCACGCCACGUGGCUUUGCCUGAUAAGUCGUAUCGAGUGACCAAGAAUCUCUAUGCGACGGCAUCCAUUGGGUUGCCCAAGUGGGUGGAUAAACUUGCGCCCGGGCUUGAUUGGAUGAGCCAACGAACGAGUUGUAUUGGGUAUGUGGCGGUUUGUGAUGACCAGAGGGAAAUAUCACGUAUGGGACGAAGGGAUGUAGUAAUAUCCCUUCGUGGGACCGCCACUUGUCUUGAAUGGGCUGAAAAUAUGAGGGACUUGCUGGUUCAAGUUCCUGGACCAAAGAACCCAAACUAUGGGCAACCAAAAGUUGAGUGCGGCUUUUUAAGCCUGUAUAAAACUGCUGGAGCCCAUGUUUCGAGUUUGGCUGAGUCAGUGGUUGAAGAAGUUAAACGGUUAAAAGAAUUAUACAAAGGCGAAACCCUUAGUAUCACGGUGACAGGGCAUAGUCUUGGCGCGGCAUUAGCACUACUUGUGGCCGACGACUUGAGCACUUGCGCAAAAGACAUGCCACCGAUAGCUGUUUACACCUUUGGAGGCCCUCGUGUUGGAAACCGUGGCUUUGCCAAACGUCUAAGCUCCCAAAACGUAAAAGUUCUUAGAAUUGUGAACUCUCAAGAUCUAAUCACUCGUGUCCCAGGGAUGUUUGUAAGCGAAGAGCUCGAUAAAAAGCUAAGGGAAUCAAGUGUAGCUAACAAAGUACUCAAUAUGCUCGAUAACAACAUGCCAUGGGCAUACUCACAUGUCGGGACCGAACUAAGAGUCGACACGAAAAUGUCUCCAUACCUAAAGCCUGACGCUGAUGUCGCGUGCUGUCACGACUUGGAAGCAUAUCUACAUUUGGUUGAUGGAUUUUUGGCAUCAAAUUGUCCAUUUAGGGCAAAUGCCAAAAGAAGUUUAGUGAAGCUGGUCCAUGAACAAAACUCAAAUAUGAAGAAGUUAUAUACAAACAAGCCACCGGAGUUGAAGUUAAAUCUUGAAAGAGAGAUUCAAUUUCCAAGUUAUUUGCCUAGUCCUUCACAUUAA